AUGGAUGGAACCAAUGAAAGCACCCAGGGAAAUUUCAUCCUUUUGGGGUUUUCUGAUAGGCCCCAUCUGGAGAGAAUCCUCUUUGUGGUUAUCUUGAUUGCAUAUCUCCUGACCCUUGUGGGCAACACUACCAUCAUCCUGGUGUCUCGGCUGGACCCUCGCCUCCACACUCCCAUGUACUUCUUCCUCACCCAUCUCUCUUUCCUGGACCUUAGUUUCACCACCAGCUCCAUCCCUCAGCUUCUGUAUAACCUGAAUGGACGUGACAAGACCAUCAGCUACACAGGCUGUGCCAUCCAGCUCUUCCUAUUCCUGGGUCUGGGUGGUGUGGAAUGUCUACUCCUGGCAGUCAUGGCGUAUGACCGGUUUGUUGCAGUCUGCAAGCCCCUGCACUACAUGGUGAUCAUGAAUCCCGGGCUUUGCCUAGGCCUGGUGUUGAUAGCCUGGGGCUGUGGGGUGGCCAACUCCUUGGCCAUGUCCCCGGUCACCCUACGCUUACCCCGCUGUGGGCAUCACGGUGUGGACCACUUCCUGUGUGAGAUGCCUGCCCUGAUACGAAUGGCCUGUGUGAAUACAGCUGCCGUUGAGGGCACUGUCUUUGUACUGGCAGUGGGCAUUGUACUCUCACCCCUUGUGUUUAUCCUGGUCUCCUAUGGUUACAUCGUGAGGGCUGUGUUACACAUUCAGUCAGCAUCAGGCAGGCAAAAGGCCUUCAACACCUGUGGCUCCCAUCUCACAGUGGUCUCACUUUUCUAUGGAAACAUCAUUUACAUGUACAUGCAACCUGGAAAAAGCUCCUCCCAGGAUCAAGGCAAGUUCCUCACCCUCUUCUACAACAUUGUCACCCCACUCCUGAAUCCCCUGAUCUACACCCUCAGAAACAAAGAGGUGAAGGGGGCAUUGAGGAGGUUGUUGCUGCAUGACAGAGAUAAGAAAGGAGUAAGAGUGAAAAGCCCAGACAGGCACCUCUAG